GAAAAUUCUAUUAUGCAUACAAUUGCAUGGGUUCUGAGAGAGAGGCAAUAUGGAACACCUUAUCAUGCCUUCCAUCCUUGUAGCCUUCUUCCUGACUCCAUCCCUGGCCCUGCCGAACCUCAGUGACAGCCAUGGAUCCAUUGGGACACAGACUGUCCACGUCAGUGCCUUCCGAGGUAUGGUCAGCAUCCGAGACAACAAUGUUCUGAGUGAAUGGGAUGGAAUCUUGGACUACAAUAACGCCCUCUUGGCAACUAAGCUGUUCCCCAAGAUGGCCUGUGUCCUGGCCAAGAUAGACCAAGCUGCCUUCCCAACUUUGGAUGACAUGAGCAAGGCCCUGGACCAGCAGGCUUUAAAGCAUUAUCCAUCCACUCGCGGCCUGACCUACACUGUUUUACCCAGCCGGGUCAAGAACUUAGCCCAGUUUGGCACUCCCAUCAUGGACAUGUGCCGAGAUGUUCCCACCUACUUUGCACAGCAGCAUAAAGAAGGUACUGCACUGGCAAUUAACCCUGAUUCCUGUUUCGAAAUCCAACUUCUGUCCUUUAUGGGGCUCUCCAUCUGUGGUGAGAUCCUUGGGCUCUGAACCUCCAGGUCAGCUGUGUGGAGGAUGGACCCUCCCGGACGGGGCCACUGGCCUGAAACCAAGGCCCACAGGCCCAGGUCUCCUUGGCUGAUGAGAAGUUCUCAUUUCAAUCCUCUCCUUCUACCUUUCAACCCCAAGAUCCAUUUUGUAAUCUGAAAAGUAGGCACACUUUCUCUGUCUGGGUCAGAACAAUAAAGUUUCCUGCGUCUCUGAU